AGGAGUCCCGGCCUUGAGGCUCUUGGUUUACUUUGUGCUCGCCACGUCGUUCUUUCAACCACUCGUUUGAAGGCCUUUUCAGCUUCAUCAUCUUCCACGAUGCAUUACGCAGUUGCCGCAGCUAUCUUCGCGGCCGGCGCCCAUGCUGCUGCCGUAGCGCCUCUCUGUGCUCGAGCGACCUCUUCAAGCUCUUCUGGAGGUUGGGAGACUCGGUACACUGCCACCGGCACCGCUGCUGUCGCUGCUGCUGCUGCCACAGCCAAGACUAGCAGCCCAACCAGCAACGUCAAAGGCAAGGCUUUCGACCGCUUUGUCAUUAUCUGGAAUGAGAAUACCGAUUACGAUAAGGCUAUCGGUGAUCCCAACUUUGCUUGGCUUGCCAAGAAGGGCAUCACGCUGUCCAACAACUUUGCCGUCACUCAUCCUUCUGAGCCCAACUACUUUGCAUCGGUUUCUGGAGAUUAUCUGGGCAUGAAUAACGAUAACUUCAAUCGCGCCGAUCGCAAUGUUUCUACUGUGUUUGAUCUCCUGGACACACAAGGAAUCUCAUGGGCGGCCUACCAGGAAGACAUGCCGUUCUCAGGUUUCGAAGGCAUGGCAUGGGUGAACCAACAAAACGGAGCUAACGAUUAUGUCCGCAAACAUGACCCGCCAAUCUUCUUUGACAGCGUCACUAGUUCGGAGCAGCGCCUGUCCCAGGUCAAGAACCUGUCCAUGGUCUACCCGGAGCGAUCACAGUUCCACAAAGACCUCAAGGCCAAUAAACUACCCCAAUGGUUAUUUUGCACGCCGAACAUGACUUCGGACGGUCACGAUGCGUCUGUCACUACUGCAGGUGCUUGGAACAGGAAGUUCCUUGAGCCACUGCUGGAGGAUAAGAACUUCAUGAACAACACAUUGGUUUUGGUCACUUGGGACGAGAAUGAGACGUACACGCAAAAGAACCGCAUUCUUGGCAUUCUUUUAGGAGACUCAAUCCCUAAAGAGCUCGUUGGCACUACGGACUCAAACUUCUAUAACCAUUAUUCUGAGCUUGCUACAGUUGAGGCCAACUGGGACCUCCCGACCCUCGGAAGGUGGGAUGUCGGCGCCAACGUCUACAAGUUUGUCGCAGACAAGACCAAGAGCGUCAUUCGUCAGUGGAGCAACACCUCGACAGUGCCCGACCGCUACUUCAACCAGUCGUAUGCUGGUUUCUUCAACAGCAAAACCGCGAAGCAGUACCCAAAGCCCAACUUGGCUCUGGACGAGAAUGCAGCCGGCAGGAAGAUUCUCGAGUCCAUCAAGGCGACCUGGAAAGACAGCAAAGCUCCUACGUACUACGAGGAUACUGUUCAGGUUUCGGACGGACUUAACCCGCCUCCUGGCUACAAGGCAUAA